CUUCUUUGCUGUCUAACACAACCCACAGAACCAACCAACUUAGCUGUUUCCUCUGCGAAGGAAGGAAAAAGAAGAAAGAGAGGGAGAGAGAGAGAGAAAGCGGAAAGGACCUACAAGUAAUCCUUUCUAAAACCUAAGAAACAGGCGUUGGACUCUCUCUCUCUCCGUCUCUACUUCCCCUUUCUCUCCUCAGGCCACCGCCAUGCUUCAUUCCCUCCUCUUCUUCUUCCUCCUCAUUUCCACAUCUGCUGCUGACGACGGUGCCGUCGUGCUUAAACUCGCCGGCUCCUUGUCUCCUUUGCCUUCUGGUUGGUCGACGACGUCAUCCUCCGGCUUCUGUAGCUGGAGUGGUAUAAAAUGUGAGUCUAACAGAGUCACCUCUAUUUCUCUUCCAAAUCAAGAUCUCGACGGAACUCUUCCACCGGAGCUCUCUACCUUAACUCAGCUCAAGACACUCGCUCUCCAAAACAACCGUCUUGCUGGUGAUCUUCCACUGCUUGCUAAUCUCUCUAAUUUGGCAAGUAUUUUUUUGGAUUUCAAUAAUUUCACUUCUAUUCCUUCUGGAUUCUUUAAAGGCCUUACCAGUUUGCAAGAGUUAAGUCUUGGAAAUAAUGUUAAUCUUGCUCCCUGGCAACUUCCUGCCGAUCUUGCUGAAUUAACUGCUCUUAAAAACAUAACAGCAAACCAAGCAAACAUCUACGGCUCCAUUCCUGAUAUUUUUGGAUCCUUGAUUAGUUUGCAGAAUUUAAGGUUGAGUUACAAUAAUUUGACAGGUUCUUUGCCUCAGUCCUUGGCAAAUUCUAACAUUCAGAACUUAUGGCUGAAUAAUCAGCAAAUGGGUUUAUCAGGUACUAUUGAUGUGUUAUCAAAAAUGACUCAGUUGUCUCAGGUAUGGCUGCAGAAGAAUCAGUUUACUGGUCCGAUUCCAGAUUUGUCUAAAUGUGAUAACCUAUUUGAUUUGCAGUUGAGGGAUAAUCAAUUUACUGGUGUAGUACCAACUUCUUUGGCUUCUCUUCCUAAAUUACUCAAUAUUUCUUUGUCAAAUAACAAAUUGCAGGGUCCUUCACCUGCUUUUAGCUCCUCUGUUAAGGUUUCUAAUGAUGGAAAAAACAAUUACUGUACGGUUUCUGGUAAGGCUUGUGAUUUACAAGUGACUCUAUUGCUCGAAGUUGCUGAAGGUUUUGGUUAUCCAGUGAAACUUUCUGAUGAUUGGGUAGGGAAUGAUGCUUGUUCUGGAUGGGACUUCGUUAAUUGUGAUCCGCAGGACAAGGUUAUCACUGUUAAUUUGGCAAAGCAGGGUCUUACAGGAACUAUUUCACCUGCAUUUGCCAAUCUCACUUCUUUGAAGAAUUUAUAUUUGAAUGGGAAUAACUUGAAUGGUACAAUUCCUACUAGCUUGACCCAACUUACACAACUUCAAACACUUGAUGUUUCUGGGAAUAACCUAUCUGGAAAAGUUCCGGUCUUCCGAACCUCAGUGAAGUUGAUCACCAAACCUGGAAACAGUCUACUGGGGAAGGACAUAAAUACAGGUGGAGGUCCGGGAUCAUCUGACACAAGUGGUAGUGCACCAAGUGGGAGCACAUCUCCAUCAGGUUCAGGAAAAGGGUCUGGGAUAUCUGGAGGUAUUAUUGCCGGCAUUGUUAUAGCUAUCGUCAUUUUUGUUGCUGUUUUAACAUUUGUGUUGUGUAAAUAUAAGAAAAGGCGUGGGAGAUAUGGGAAUAUGGAGAAAGAAGAGAGUGUUAAGUCAAAUGGUAAGAACGAAGGACCAAGUGGGGUUAAUGGAUAUAAUGGGCUGCCUACUGAAUUACAUAGCCAGAGUAGUGGUGGUGAUAGUGGCCAUAAGAUGUUUGAGGGUGGAAAUGUUGUAGUGUCAAUUGAAGUUCUUAGACAAGUUACUGAUAACUUUAGUGAGAGUAAUAUUAUAGGAAGAGGUGGUUUUGGAGUAGUGUAUAAAGGAGAGUUGCAUGAUGGGACUAAGAUUGCUGUAAAGAGGAUGGAAUCCACAGUGAUGGGCACCAAAGGUAUGAAUGAGUUUCAGGCAGAGAUUGCUGUGCUUUCAAAGGUUAGACAUAGGCAUCUGGUUGCUCUUUUAGGUUAUUGUGUCAAUGGCCGUGAAAGACUUUUGGUCUACGAGUAUAUGCCGCGUGGAACUUUAGGGCAGCAUUUGUUUGAAUGGCAAGAACAUGGCUACCCUCCACUUACGUGGAAGCAAAGGGUUACCAUUGCACUAGAUGUGGCAAGAGGAGUUGAGUAUCUGCAUAGUUUAGCUCAGCAAAGUUUCAUUCACAGAGAUUUGAAACCUACAAACAUUCUUCUUGGGGAUGACAUGAGAGCCAAAGUGGCAGAUUUUGGUUUGGUUAGAAAUGCACCUGAUGGGAAGUAUUCCGUGGAAACACGACUGGCAGGCACCUUUGGCUAUCUUGCACCUGAGUAUGCUGCUACUGGAAGGGUGACAACAAAGGUGGAUGUUUAUGCCUUUGGAGUUGUUCUGAUGGAGAUGAUAACCGGCAGAAAAGCUCUAGAGGACUCCCUGGGGGAUGAGAAAUCUCAUCUGGUUUCAUGGUUCCGCAGGGUCCUAAUCAACAAGGACAACAUCCCAAUGGCAAUUGAUCGGACUCUCAACCUGGAUGAAGAGACACUAGCCAGCAUUUACAGAGUGGCUGAGUUAGCAGGACAUUGCACUGCACGUGAGCCAUACCAAAGACCUGACAUGGGGCAUGCAGUUAAUGUCUUGGGGCCUCUUGUAGAGCAAUGGAGACCUACUAGCCGAGAAGAAGAUGAAGGUUAUGGCAUCGACCUCCAUCUGAGCCUUCCACAAGCUCUUCAAAGAUGGCAAGCUGAUGAAAGUUCUUCCUCAAUGUUUAAUGACUCAUCCUACUCUCAGACCCAGUCAAGCAUUCCUGCAAGGCCUGCAGGCUUUGCAGAGUCAUUUAAUUCAACUGAUCUACGAUAACAUGCGGAGAACAUCAAGAGAACAUCAAGAAUCUUUUUUUAAAUUGAGAUUGAAGGAAAGGUAAAGAAUGAGGGGGGAUUUUCACCUGCAAUCAUCACAAGUUUAUCAAGGUAUCAUUGUAUGUAUUCAUUUUGCUUGUUUCUUUCAUGACCUUAAAUUCUUAAUUGGACAAAAGCUGAGCAGUGGAGCUAUAAGUUCUUUUUACUGGAUUAAUUGUUCCUAACCUAUCGAAUUGGUUAUUGAUGGAUUACAAAAGGCGGGGUCUUCCUCUUUUUUUCUAUGUUUUUUCUCCUGUGGGUGAAAGAGGCAGGGGGUGGGGUUGGAAGGAAGGAGUAAAAGAGCAAGGAUGUAUAAUAUUAUUGGAUCUUGCUUACAUUAUUAAUGUUAUGGUUUUGGUCAAUUAUCUCUAGCGGAUGGAAAUCUUUAUUUGUUUUUUUAUUUUUUAUUUUUUGGUUCUGUUUGAUAUUGCCAUUUGGACUGCUGUUGAGGAAAAAAUUGUAUUGAAAAGUGUUCAUAAGAGGUCAUUGAAUUUCUUUUUUUAA